CACUUGCAGCAGCUCACAGUUGCAGAACAGCAGCCUCUCAGUGUACUUCUUUGUAGGAAAGAGAGCAAAGCUUUUGAACAAACUUUAUUUUCCUAAUAACAGCAAUUAUAAAUGUUAAAACAGAUGGGAAGAACAAGCCAAACUGUGCUAAUUAUUUUGUAUGUAUUAAUGACUGUUAAAGCUUUUGAAAUGGAAGUUAUCCCAGCUGGCAGAGUUGUUGCACGGAUUGGUGAAACACUGAGACUCACAUGCAAUACUACUGGUUGUGCAUUACCAAAGUUUUCAUGGAGAACCCAAAUGGACUACCCCCUUGGAGGAAAAGUGUACAACGACAAGACAUACUCUACCUUGACUAUGAAUCCAGUUAGUGCUGAAAAUUAUAACGAUUAUUUAUGUACUGUCAUCUGCAAUAAAGAGAAAAAAGAGAAGAGUGUCAAAGUUGAACUUUACUCUUUUCCCAGUGAUCCUGUCAUUGAGACCACUGCAUCUUUAGUUGUUGGAGAAACUGCCACUGUCAUCUGUGAAGUUCAUGAUGUGUUUCCUGCUGAUCACCUGGAACUACUCUUAAAGAAAGAGGAACAUAUUCUUCAUAGCAAAACUUUUGAAGGAGAUGUCAGUACAAAAACAGAAACCAAAACUGUGGCAUACUCAUUUAACCUCGCGACUGAAGACAAUGGUAAAGAGAUUACUUGUGUGGCCAGAUUACAAAUUGCUGGUAUGGACUUUGAGCCCAAAGAAAGGUCAACUUCUCUGAAACUGAAUGCAAACUUUGGUCCACAAAAUACUUUCAUUAAUGCAUCUCCAGGAAACUUAUCAAUGGAAGGACACUCUCUGAAACUUACUUGUGUGACUGAGAGUAAUCCACCAGCACAAGUAUUUUGGAGAAAAUAUCUGGAAAAGGAAACCGUUCAGCACUUCGUAGAAAACAAUGUUCUUUCUAUUCCUCAUGCCCAUUUCACUGACUCAGGACAGUACAUCUGUGAAGUAAUUAAUCCUGUAACUAAUAAAACUGAGAAAGCUUCUGUGAACAUUGUUAUACAAGCUCCACCAAAAAAUACAACACUAACAGUGUUCCCAUCGAGUUCAGUGAAAGAAGGAGAAAGUGUUACCAUCUCUUGCACAGCUACAGGUGUCCCAGCUGUUCAGAUUAUCCUAGAAAAGAAAACAGGUGAUGUGAUCACAACCCUUAAAACAGAAGAUGGCAAAUACACCAUAGACAAGGCUCAGCUAAAGGAUGCAGGAAAAUAUGAGUGCACAUUCACUAACAAAUUUGGAAAUCAUUCUCUAGAUGUAGAACUUGAUGUCAAAGUUCCUCCUCAGAAUAUUACUGUGUUAGUUUAUCCAUCGGAAAAUGUUAAAGAAGGAGAAAAUAUCACUAUUGUGUGCAGCACAUACAGUAACCCACCAUCACAGAUGAUCCUGAAAAAGGUUAAUCAAGAGAAAGAAAUAAUUCUACCUGUAGUCAAUGGAACCUUUACGCUCUACAAUGUCACCAAAAAUGAUACAGGCAGAUAUUUGCUUGAUGUUUUCAAUGAGGUUGGAAACAACAUCAAAGUGAUAGAGAUAGCUGUUGUAGGGAAAUUGGAAAAGCCAGAUCAAAUAAUGCCCCUGAUUAUUGCAUUCUCCUGUGUAACAGCAGUAGCUAUACCUGUGGUUGCAAUUUUGAUCUACGUGUCAAGAAAAGCAAAGAUAAAUGGAUCCUACAGUCUUGUUAAAGCAUUGAGGCUGAAAGUGUGAUUGUGUGAAUAUGAAUCUGAAUAGUUCAUAAUAAGCAAUGUUAUUUAUUGUUGUGACUCUUUCUAUACCUAUUCCAAAACAUGGUAACAAACAAGUGAUUUGAGAACAGUACCAUGAAAUAGCAAAUGAAAUUUUGGGGGGCUUUAAGAGGUAUUUCAGAAUUUAAAUUAAAGGGAAGGUUAGCAUCCUUUUUUAGGAGUAGGUAUAGCACUUCUGUAUUGGAGCAUGCUAAACCUAGAGUUCCUUGGAGAACUAGGUUUGUACAUAGUGUAUAAAUUGUUACAAAUAUGUUUAACUGAAUAUCAGUUUGUAAAAUUGCAGUCUCUGCAGCUGUACAUAGACAUGUUGUUAAUUCAAUAAUAUAAAUAAGCAUUAUUUGAACUUACUGAUUAAUAAUAUUUUAUUUUGUAUUAUUCUUAAGAUUGAAUGUUUUUAAUACAGUCUUUUUGCUUGUGGCAAUGUUUGGAAAAUGUUCUCUUUUCACUUAUUUUGCUGUAAACUGUGUACCUUCAAAGAAAUUACACAAUCACUCGGUUAUACACAUCUGAUUAUUUUAAAUUAAUUUAAUAUCUCAAGACUCAUUUGUGAAGCAUUGUAUUUUAGUUAGUGAAACAUUAUUAUAAAUAUUACAGAGGAAGGGGCUGGGAUUAUAAGAUAGAUAGUUUUAGGGCAGCUGAAGCAUUUUUAUGGGAAUUUGUCAUUCACAAAUCAGUGACAAGAUUCUGAUGUUUCAUAAUGAACAAAUUAGACCCUUUAUUUAGAAUAUAAGCUGCCAGUAAGUAUGCUUUAGAGAUUUCCACUACAAAAUACUACCAGUGUGUUUCUUUUAAAUCCCCAUAGUGAUUCUUGCUUAAUAUGUUGUCACAAUACUUGCUUUCAUACUUUCAUACCCAGAAAUCACCUGCUGUGAUUUUGUUAGUUGAAAAUGUAGUUACUUUUUACCUGUGGACUUCCUCUGAUAUGUGUAAACUUAGAGAUCUUGGCGUAGUUUAGUGUUACUAAAGAGAAAUCUUGUGUAGUUCUUAUGCACAUUUCUGUAGAAGGAGUUACUGAAAGCUUACUAUCCUUAGCUUACUAUCCUAGCAAGUUCUAUAAUCAUGGGAAGCUCUCUUGGGAAAGGCACAAGCAAAGCAGGCAGUUACCUAAGCAGAGAGAAUCUAUACAACCUAGCCAUGGUGGUGGUUGUUUUCUGAAGUAAUGUCUUUCUCAGGCUGCUGUGGAAAACCAAAUCACUUGCCUGACAAUCAGUGCCAGUAUGCUUUACCCUCAUUAGUACCUCUUUUCAUCACAUUCUCUUUCCAGUGCUGGGAAAAUGCCUAUGAAAAUAGUAGGUCUUGUGUGCAGAGGCAAAGAUGAGAGGGAAUGAGAAGUGGAAUUUAAUGUUAUUCUCCACUACAUCCUUGCCAGCAGUGCUGCUUUGACUCGUGUGGUUAGUGAUGUUCACUGAAGAUAAGGCUCUACAAGGUACAGAGCAGUAUUAAGUGAUCAGGCAUUGAGGUGUUGGAGUACAUUUACCCCCAGCUGCCCUGAACCACUGUGUUAGGCACAAGAAUGGGGUGCUGGUUGCUCCAAACUUGCAUGAAAAUGCAAGAUCAGAAAUAUGUAUGAAAGGAAUUUCUCUGUUUUUUUUUUAUUUACUAUCUACAAAUGAUAGCACCUGCCCCCAACAGCAAAACAAACAGAUGCCUUUUGAUAGCUAGCUGCAGGAUUAGGUGGGGUACUGAUCUCUGUGUCUUCUUCAUAGCAUGUUCAGAAGUGCUUUGUGAACAGUAAAUGGUUUCAUGCAGGGUCCUGUGCUUGUCUACAGUUGGAAUGGGAGCUUUGGAAAGUGGGAGUGUAGUAGAAGAAGAGAAAUGUGGACUUGGCUUGAAGGAAUAUGAGCUUGAAGUAGGAGGGUGAAGAAAAGAUUGAAGACAGAGGAGGAGGAGAGCUUUGAUGGGCUCAUGACAUAAAUUUCUUGGAGUGCAGUGCCUCUGCCCUGGCAAAAAGGCAUAAACAACAGCUCCAGCCUAGCAAGUGCUUUCAGGAAGGGUCUCAGCUGCCUGGAAAUCUAGGUAAGAGCCUCUGCCAUAGGGCUUGCAUUUAUGACUGACAGAAUAAUCUGUAGAACAGAGGACUGUGAAGUUCACUCAGGUUUUCCCUGCACAGUUACUUCAUAGCUUGUAGAGUUGUCUUUUACCCUAUCAUCCCAUGCUCAAGCAUACCAGCUGUCCAUGUGUUUAUUCCAGCAAUACUUUGGGGAAAUGCUAAAUGUUAAAGGUAAAAUGAGUCUAGAUAUUUAAAAGUGAUUACAAAAUCUGAUUCCCUAUAGCCAGUUUGAGACAUGCUCCUUUUAAAAUGUAAAGUUCAAAUAGAAAAAGGUAACUUUUUAAACACUUCUGGGGAAAGCUUUCAAAUGAUUUUGUAGAUAUGCUGAAGGGAAUGUUUAAUUUCUCCCAUGACAGAGGUUUUAGUUCAAUUUGUCUUCCUUUUGUGCCCUUCUCCCCACAAGACAAUUGUAUCAUGUAAUCAAACUCUCGCUUAUCUCUUUGAUAAACUAAACAAAUUGAGCUCUGUUAGCCUACAUUUCUUUAUAAACUUAUUUCUAUGCAUAAUAUAAUUUCUGUGCAUAAAUAAUCCUCACGGUCUUUUCUAAAUCUGCUCUAUUACUUCAACAUACCAAUUAACACAUUAGCAAAACAGCAGUAUAUGAUCUUGAACACUCCUCCAUUUUUUUAGAUUGUAGUAUUUUUCUAUUGUUCUUCCAUAAUUGUUAAGGGCUUACAGUGGUGGAGACUUUAUUAGUAUAUUAGUUGUAACUUUUUUAGUUUAUUAGUUUUAACUGUGAUUAACUCUGUGACAUGGCUACCAGUUAAGCCACAAAGCUCUUUGCUGUAGCUAGUAAAACUUAGUAAAUUGAACUAGCUUUUUACAUUCUCUUGCCCUUGGUGCAUGUGGGGAAGAAAAGGAAAAAAAAAAAAAGCAAACCAUAGCACUGGAUAUGUUAGCACUAUUUCUAACGUGCAGCUGAAAAGAAAACUUCAGGAAAUGGGCUUGAGGUAUACAGGCAUCAUAUCUUGAUCUCUAGUGUAUGGGCUUACCCCCCACAAAUAAUAGAUUUCUUGCUUCAAUAUCAGAAAUAAAAAUAAAAUGGAAAUAAGACUGCCUACAUUUUUUAAACUGACAAUAAAUAUAGAAAAAUAUAGUAAAAUUUAGGAUUGUAUUUUUCCCUCUAUUUAUCCAAGUGCUGUAGCACUAAAGUGAGUAAAACGGGAUAAUUCUUCCCAGUUGAAUGAUUCAUUUAAGCACUAUAGACAUAGUGCCUAAAAAGCAUAUAGACGUAAACAUUUGAGGGAGAUAAUUUUAGUUUUUGUAGAUAAACUGUAUGAAAAAGGGGAAGAAAAAAAUCCUUCUCAUAUACAACAAUACUGGCACCGCACUGUUGUUGUCUUUUGUUCUAGUUUGUAAUCAGAAUGGCAUUCAUGCUGAUAAAUGAACAGGGAUGGAGCAGAUUAAAGAACAUUGUUUCUUUUGAGAAAUUGUGAUGGUGUUGGCAUAAACCACUCUUCCCAGGUUGUCUAAAUUUAAGUAAAAAGCAAGAACAUGGGAAAACAGUUCUCUUCGUACUUUGUCUACCAGCCAAAAAAGUAGUAUAGCUGUAGAAGAAGCUAAAGAAAUGUAUAGGAUAUAAGAGAAUUUAUUUCCGUAUCUAAAGGUUGUUGUUGGUGGUGGUGGUAGCUUUUUGUUUGUUUUGUUGUUGUUGUUAGCGAAGUCCUCUUGUUCCAGAGACAAGUCAAUUGGAUUGUGAUCUAAUGGAUUAUCCAUCUGCUCAGUCUUGGGCAUGAUUGAAUUGUGAAGUGAAUGCAAGUACUAGCUGAGACUGAUGCUGGCUCAUCCCCAAGCUUUCUGCUAUUUUCUAUGAAUGUAUGCAAUUUAGAACCAGACCCAGGAAAGGAGGCAACAGAGCAAUUCCAGAAAGAGACAGUCAAAGGGAAACUACAUAAACUAUGACAUGAAGUCUAAAAGCAACCAUACUAGGUCAGGCCAAGAUAUUUUAACCAGAAGUGGGCAGAAGUUAAUGCCUAAAAUUGCUAUGGAAACAUGAAGUGUACAGUAACAUCUUCUCCAAAUGCACUCCCCACUUCCAGCUCUUUUGAAACUUGGCCUUUUUGAGUUUGCUUCUCUGCAUUCAGUAAUUUGCAGUGGAUUUUUUUUUCAUUUUGUUUGUUUUGCCUCUUGAUAUUAUGAAAAUUCACAACAUUCACGGCAUCCUUGUUUGCAGGGCAGUAAAACACCACUUUGCAGGGUUCAAUAUCCUGCACGGAUUAUGUCUGGGAGUUUGGAGCUUCUGUUUUAUAUUUUGGUUUGUCAUCUUUUCAAAAUGGAGGAAACCUAGAGAAAGUUUGUGCAAUCUUUCAACACUAAACUAUCUAGAUUUCUAGAUAAUGUCAUGGACUUAAGAGAAUGUAACAUGAGGAACUCUACACAGUAUUGCUGCAAGCUGUCAACAGCAGGAGGGAGGGAUUUGACAGUGAUCCCACAAAGUAUAAGUGGAGGGCUGAAUCUGCAAUAUCUAUUAGGGAGUAGUUGUCCGUGCAGUCUGCAUUGCCAAUUACUGUAGUUAAUGUAGUACAAAUGAGUAAUCAGAGUUACUUUCACAUUUGAAGAAUUCUCACUUAGAUGUUUAACAUUCAAAUUGUUUUUUUAAAGCAAAUGUAAGCAUAUUGGAUAAUUACUUUCAAAAAUAAGGUAGCAUUUUGUAUGAUGUAUCAAAAUGGGUACAUGAAACAAUAAACCAACAGCAUGCAGCAAAGAUGAAACGAGCUCCUUUUGUUGGUGCCUGUUAAGAGCGUGUGAUCAGAGCUCCAGUCUGUGACACUUGAAAAGAAAAGGUGUCAAUUCUGAAUCACAAAAUUAACAUCCCUGCCUGUAGUUAAAUGAUGAAUAACUCUUUUUAGUUGUAUCUUUCUUGCAGUUAAAACUGUCAAGCACAGAAAUCUGGGAAGUGUGUGAUUUGAGUGUCUUUUAAAAAGAUCCAUCCUUAAGUUCCAAUUUUCUCCUGGAAAGAGACAGAAAUCUGCAGUCUAGAGAAAUGGAAUGUAGUGCUGUGCACCUUAAAUUUCAUAUAAUAUGUUAUUGAUGCAAUUCUUGGUAAUUUUCUAGAAAUUAUGCUGUAGGAUUUACUAACUUUAAAGAGGUCACAAUUAGACUGAAUUAAAAUCAUUGAUCUUUUGGAGAAUAUACUGACUAAAGGUUUAAAAGCCAAAGUAUGAGAAACUUUGUAGCUAGAGUUGGCCUACUUUUGCAUGUCAUUUAAUCUAUUUUGCAAGUUGGAGUUUGUAAUCUACUGGUAUGUUUAUGCCUCCGUCAGACAGUUAAAAAACACGUCUUGGAAAGGCAAA